UCAACCCAUAAAGUUAAAUUUGGCUCCCCAAAUAGCCAAAUAUGGCUUUUUAGCUCCCCAAACCCCAUUUUCACUCCAACCCUACACAAUGCUAAAUUUAGCUUCCUACCUCCCUUUUUUCAAUUUAUUACAAUAAAGCAUACUUAUUUGACCUCUAAUUUUCAUAUUUCACUUUAAUUUUCUAUAGUUAGUUAUUACUUUUGAAAAAAUAAAAUUUUCGAUGUAAUAUUUUUUAAUUCGGAGACAAAAAAAGUUUCGGAAAAUUAGUCAUUAUUUUGUUACCGUUAACUUCGGGACCAAUGAAAAAUAUCAAUUAAACAUAUAACAUUUCAUAUCUUCUUUCAAACAAUUAAAAAACAACAUACACAAUCAACCAAUGACAAAAUACCACACAAAAAAAGCAAAAAGAAAAACAACACAAUCAACCAAUGAGAAAAUCCCACAAAAAAAAAACAAAAAAUAAAAGAGGAACCACCGCGGGUCCACCAUUUCCUCUAGCCAAAUUUGGCUUUUCAACCUUUUUGGAAGCUAAAUUUGGCUCCCAAUUCACCAAUACCCAUUUUUAGCUCCCCAAAAUAAUGUGGGUUGGAGCACAAAAAAAGAGCUAAAAAUGGGUAAAUGGCUUUUUAGCUCUAGGGCUGGAGUUAGUCUAACUACAAUAAUAAUGCCCUUCAUGGUUACAGAGUUACAUUGGGCUUGGUAGUUUUUGAAUUGUGGGCUUACCCGUUCUAUUGUUCCGUUACUUUUUUAAUUGGCAUUUUUAGGCUAAUACCCCAUUUUGGCCCGAAGUUUGGUGUUAGUGACGAUUUUGGCUCCAAUUUUCGAAUAUUACACUUUUGGCCAAAUUUUCAAAUUUAUAGACGUAUUUGGCUCGUGUUACGUUGUGACCGACAUAAUUGACGGUCAACUAAUUUCCCCGUAAGUGAUUCAACAACCUUUGCUGACUCGGACCGCCACGUCAUUAACUAAAUAAAAAAAAAAUAAAAAAAAAAACCCGACCGUUCCCUUUCCUCCCCCACCUUUCCCUUUCAUUCCCCAUCAUUCCCCUUCUUUCUCUUCAUCGUUCCAUGCAACCCCACCCGAUCGACGAAAUCCGACCAGGAGUCAGUGUCGAUUGAUCGCGCCCUGGUGAAUCUUUGUCGGCUCGGCGAAGAUUCAUUUCCUUCCCCUUCUUUCCCUGUCCUUCCAUAUCUUUUCCUUUCUGUUUUCGUCGAAUCUGCCUUCCUCUGCUGAUCGACGAACUCCGACCUAGAAGCAAACAACAGCGAUCGCGCGCCCGGUAAAUCUCCAGUCGGUGGCGCGAACCCUGACUCUUCCUUUAGAAGCCAACGAUUCGUCUCCCCCCUUCGCCCAAGUGUUUUUCCCUGUCCUGCUUUCUGUUGGAGAUAAAAGCUAUUGUCGUCGUCUUCUUUUUGUGGGAUGAGGUCGGGACCACAGCCACGAAGAUCGGUUUUUCAUCUAUACAGGUAACGAUCUUGCUGUCGUUUUCUAUUGUUUAAGGAUUUCGAUUCUGGGAAAUCGCCGCACUCAAUAAACAAUUGUCUUUUAUGCUCUUUUUGGGUUAGUGAUUAUGAAACACGUGAAAGGAAUUUAAAAUUGGCGGUUUGUAUGUGUUUGUCUUGUUUAUGCUUUGUUAACCAUAAAGAGACCAUAAACAAUUCGUCCACUAAUAUAUAACCUAAUUUGUCCAUAUUGUAGGAUGAGCAUCCUACUUGUGCUUCGUCAUGGGGUAUGUUGGAUACAUCAAAAGCGGUUCCAAAAUAUGUUGGUGGUGUUGAAGACCGGGUUGAUAUGGCAGUUGAUGAUAUGUCGUACUUUGAGCUUCUGAGUAUUUUGAUUCCAGAUUUCGAUUACUUGUCGGUUGAGAAGAUGUGGUAUUUGACUCCGGGACAGAGCAUGGAGGAUGGUUUGCAAGAGAUUGCCAAUGAUUCUGACAUGAUGAAUGGGUUACUUGGAGAUGCCGAGCUAGGGGAGGUGGUGGUGUUUUUUGAAGCAACCAAGUUUCUCGGUGAAAUGGGGGACAACUAUGAGAAUAGUGAAGAUGUUGCAGACGAGGAAGGCGACAACUCUGGCGUCGCCGAGUUCAUCCGGCUAGAUGAUUAUGAAGCUCAGACUUCAGAUGAAGAAUAUCAUGAGAUUAGGGCCCGUUUUCGUCGCAUGAGACAGAAAUGCAUGUUUGAGGCGACUAGAUCGGGGGAAGAGGUCGACCUAGUAUUUGUAGAUGAAAAUGAGGUAGAACAGAGUGUGCAGCAGGAGGAUGGAGAGCUAGAGCAUGAGCAGCUAGAUGUACAACCUACUGUGAACGAGGAAGAAAAUGCAGGGGGGACAGCGAACAUAUAACAUGGAUGAUGUUGAAGUUGAAGGGAGUGAAUCUUCUAUCUAUAGGGGUUCUGAGGACUCAAAUCAUGUGAGGGGGAAUUUGGAUGAAGAAGAAGACGUGUCUAUGAUUGACAAGUGUCGAUUUUAUGAUCCAAAUUGUGAUCAUAAAAUACUUUCGAUUACCACACAUAUGAGGUUUGCUAGUCCCAAGCAGUUUCAAUAAGCUAUUACAAAGCAUUCAAUAGAGAUUGGAGCUGAUAUUAGAUGGGCGCGCAGCAGUGAGAAGAGAAAAGAAGUUGUGUGUGCCCAAAAGUAUGGCUGGAGGGUGUAUGCAAGUUGGUAUGGGAAGAGGGAGACUUUUAUGGUGAAAGGUGUUGGGACUCCUCAUGACUGUCCGCGUACUUUUGGCAUUCGAGGUGCUACUUCGAAGUGGAUAGCUACUCAAUUUCUAGAUCGGUUUAGAGUGGAGCAAGAUUGGGAUGUGAAUCUCAUGGCGGCUGAGAUAAAGUAGAAGUACAAUG